AUGGAGGACGCAGAGGACUACAAGUUGGAGGAGGAACAGAAAAGUUAUACUCAGUAUGACAACAUGAACUACCACGACCUUCUGUCAAACUUUGAUGAACUAACAAAUAGGUUACAAAGUGAGGUAAAGUAUGGUUCAGAUCCAUUGGUAGCCUCUGACCUUAACACUGAACUCAGCUAUGUGAAGAAGCUCGUGGAGGAACGUGGUACAGCACAGACAACUUUCACUGAAGGAGCAGAAAGAACCGUAAACAUUUCAGGACCAUCAGGAAGCACAACCGUUCCAGGAGUCGACUUCGUGGAGAACCCGAACAAUUUACUUCCAGAUGUGCUAGAUGCAUUCGACGAAUCAUUUGAUGCUAAUUGGGAAGACAUAGAGGACCGCUUGAGUAAACUGAAAAAUUUGUCAACAGUAGAGAAGAAAAGAGACUUCGAAAACCAAGUGGAACGUGUACAAGCAGUCACAAGGGUUGUUCAAACAAAGGAGAAAAUGGUACUCAAUCCUAGGAAUAGAAACGUUAGGGAGAUCAUUAAGCGAUCAUCUGUCAGGACACUCAAUGAUGGCACAGAGGUGUUAAUGUUCAGAAGUGAACAAGGUAUUAACAAGAGCGGUACCCAGAUAAUGAAACGUGGGAAAACCAACAUUCCAACAUACUCCAAGAAUUCCCCAGCACUGCGAGAGUAUAAGGAACUAGUGAGGAAGAUUAAGGAGGAACCAUCAACUAGCACCCAUGAAGGAGAUGAUGAGAGUGUAACCCCAGUCACAAACCGAGGUGCUGCUUUGAACAGCCCCAGUGAUGAGGACAACACAUUUGAAGACAUUGAACUCAUAGAUGUGAGGGUAACCAGAGACGACAUCUAA